CAUUCCAAGCUCUGCAACUAUAAACCCUGGUUUCUAACGUUCAAUGGCGAACUUCAAACUUUUAUUCACGCUUUGCCUUCAUGCCUUGUUCUUGAUUUCCGGUUCCGGAACUCGAUUGUUUCGAUUCCAUCCGCUUUCGAUCGCCGAUCAAGCAUCGAAAGACCAGAGACUAGAGAUAAAUAUCGACCGGUAUUUAGAUUUUAAGAAAAUUUCAGUCGCCACCCGGUCAUCGGCAUUGGCGGUUGAAGCUAAAGGAGUCGAGUCGGAUCGGCUUCGGAGCAGCAGCAAGCGUGCAUUAACGGAGGAAGGCAGAGAAGCCAUUAGAGCAAGCAUGGAGAGACACGGCGGGAAUCCAUUCGAGUCGAAAAGAUUGAGUCCAGGGGGACCUGACCCUCACCAUCACUAA